AUGCACAAUUCAUCCCCAGAAUUAGUGUCAGGGUACUCUGACAGAUUUGUGGUGGCUAAAGAUGUCACUCCUGAGACAACGCUGGGCAGUGCCUACUCGCCAGUGGACUACAUGAGCAUUACCAGCUUUCCCAGGUUGCCAGAGGAUGAGGUGAUGCAAGGGGACAAUGCCUUCAAAUCUCGCAAGGAUGAUUACGUCUUGGCCGAGCCAGAGUCAGACCCCAGUGUGUUUUUGCAAUCUGCUCGUCUCCAGCGUCUUCCGUCGUCGGCAUCUGACCUGGCCUACCAAGAUGCCAUGUCCUUAAGGGAGACGACUACAGACCCUUUUACGCAAGAUUGUGCUUGCCAGCGGGAUGGACUGAAGGUCAUUAUCACAGCAUGUCUUACCUUUGCCACAGGAGUCACCGUUGCACUUAUCAUGCAAAUCUACUUUGGAGACCCUCAGGUCUUUCACCAGGGAGCGGUGGUGACAGAUGUGGCUCGGUGUACGUCCCUCGGGUUUGAGAUUUUAGGGAAGCAAGGGUCCAGCGUUGAUGCUGCAAUCACUGCUGCACUCUGUUUGGGCAUUGUACACCCUCACACCUCUGGAUUAGGAGGAGGCGGAGUCAUGUUGGUGCAUGAUAUCCGGAAAAAUGAGACUAGGGUCAUUGACUUCAGAGAAACGGCGCCGGCUGCCAUUCGGGAGGAGUUGCUUCAAACAAAACUUGAUCUCAAACCCGGUUUGCUAGUUGGAGUACCUGGAAUGCUCAGUGGGAUGCAUCAGGCACACCAACUUUAUGGCAGACUACCCUGGAAGGAUGUGGUUACAAUGGCAGCAGAUGUGGCCAGAGAUGGAUUUAAUGUCACUCAUGAGUUAGCUGAAGCACUUGCUAAAAUCAAAAACCAGAACAUUUCGGAUGCAUUUCGGGAUCUGUUCCUCCCCAAUGGCCAUGCUCCCCUCUUUGGGUUGUUGAGCAGACGCCUUGAUUUGGCCAGUAUCUUGGAUGCUGUUGCAGAUAAAGGGAUAUCAGAGUUCUACAAUGGAAACCUGACACAGGAAAUCGUCUCUGCGGUGCAUUUAAGCAAUGGGGUGCUCACUGAAGACGACUUGGGUAACUACAGCACAGUCCUACAGAAAGCAGCCCAUAUCAACUAUCAGGGACACCAUGUGAUGGUGGCUCCGGCGCCUCAUGCAGGUAUUGGCCUGAUCGCAGCCCUCAACAUUCUCGAAGGUUACAACAUCACCAAGCAGGAGCCCAGGAAGAACACCUAUCACUGGACUGCAGAGUCUGUGAAAAUAGCUCUGGCCCUGGCAAGUGGCCUAGGAGACCCUAUAUUUGACACUUCAAUCUCAGAGAUAGUCAGCAAGAUGUUGAGCAAAGAACAGGCAUCCUUGCUUCGCCAAAUGAUCAACGACAAUCAGGCCUUUCCUGCCAGCCACUACACACCCUUGUUUACUUUGGAGGAUGAUGCAGUUGCUGCCCAGGUUAUAGUCAUGGGCCCAGAUGACCACAUUGUUUCAGUUGUAAGUUCCCUAAAUAAACCAUUUGGCAGUCGGAUAGUGACUCCUUCUGGAAUCCUUUUGAACAGCCAAAUAAUGGCCUUCUCUUGGCCUAAUAAAACCCAAACCUCUACACCUAACCCUCAUAACAGCCUUCAACCUGGGAAGAGACCAUUGUCGUUUUUGAUGCCAACUGCAGUGAGGCCAUCCGACGGACUGUGCGGUACAUAUAUUGCAGUUGGAUCCUCCAACGGAGCAAAAUCUCUCAGCAGCAUCACACAGGUGCUGCUGAAUGUUUUGUCCUCACGCAAAAACAUGAGUGACAGUUUAGCGUUUGGUAGACUCCAUCCACAGUUGGAGCGAAACACCUUACUAGUGGACUCUGAAUUCCUAGAUGAAGAUGUUGAACUGCUGGAAGCCAAAGGACACAAGAUUGAAAGAAUAAAUGUUUUGUCUUUGGUUGAGGGCACUCUAAGAACAAAUGACCUUAUCAUUGGAGUGACGGACCCUCGCAGUGCUGACGCCUCAGCCCUCAUAAUGUCUAGGACAUAA